GUAUAAUUUUCGGAUGCCUUUGAUCUUAGAGCUCUAUUGUUACCGCCGCGAUGGUAGGCGCAAUCCAAUACGCGGGUGCAUUGAUUGUUGCACUUCUUGUUUUAUAUCGUCUCUUGGUACUCUUCUCUGCCCGUAGGGCUUCAAGGUUCUCUCAGUCUCUCGAUGAGAAUGACAAGAAUGAACGCCCCUUAUCGAAGGAACAUGAUGAGAAAGAACAUCAGAUGUAUCCACGCUUGGGCCGGCCAAGCAGCUCUAUGGACUUCGAAUACGAUGUAGUCGUCGUCGGCUCAGGUUAUGGUGGCGGCGUUGCUGCCAGUCGACUGGCUCGAGCUGGGAAGCGCAUUGCAGUCCUGGAACGGGGAUCAGAAAGAUGGCCUGGAGAAUAUCCAAAUACUUUCAAGGACAUAAUGUCACAGUUCCAUGUGACUCGAAAUCCUACAAGUCAUUGCAAAGCAGGUCUUCCACUACGGCGAAGUUGUGGUCGCCAAAAUGGAUUGUACCACUUAUUCAGGGCGAAUGAACAAGACGUUCUCACCGGAAAUGGGCUCGGCGGCACGUCAUUAAUCAACGCAAAUGUCUUCCUUCGCGCUGACCAGCGAACACUACAACUACCCGAAUGGCCAGACGAGAUUCGAAAUGACCCCUCAUCCCUCGACCAAUUUUUCGAUCGCGCAGAACACAUGUUACAGCCUACGCCAUACCCAAACGACUAUCCAGACCUGAAGAAACUGCAUGUUCUCGAAAGACAAGCACAUGCGCUCGGUCUCGACGACAAUUUCUACCGCGUGCCCCAGACAACAUUCUUUCACGAUGGCUUGAAUGCAAGCGGUGUGGAGAUGAAAGCAUCAACCGGCUCCGGACAAGACUGCACAGGAGUCAAUGAUGGAUCUAAGAACUCGGUUCUGAUGACCUAUAUCGCCGAUGCGUGGAACUGGGGUGCAGAGAUCUUCUGUGAGUGCGACGUGAAGUACGUCAAGAAAGACCCAAGCGGCCAUGGCUACAUUGUCUACUAUGAGGCGGUCGAUGAAGGGGGUAUUAAAACUUCGAGAUGGGUCCGUUGCAAAGAUCUUUGCGUACUUGGGGCAGGCUCCCUAGGUACUACUGAGAUAUUACUUCGCUCCAAGGCCCAUGGUCUGGAUAUGUCUCCCGUUGUGGGACAGAAGAUGUCCGGUAAUGGGGAUAUGCUCAGCUUUUCAUACAACGCCGAAGAGGUCGUCAAUGCUGUUGGUCACGAGAAACCAGUGAUGGUGGAUCCAUGCGGGCCCACCAUUACUGGUGUCAUCGAUUGCCGCGAGACAGAUGCAUCAUCGAAUGUCUUGGCUGGCCAUGUCAUACAAGAAGGCGCUGUACCUGAAGGGUUGGCUCCUGUUAUUCGAUUACUUCUCGACUAUUCAGAUCACGGUUUCUUCUCAAUCAUCAUUAAGCUCAUCGGGAGUCUCCUUUUACGCUUCUGGUCUUUCGCACCAGGUAUAUCGGCCAAACAAAGCAGCAUCUACAAAACGCAAUCGUAUCUGGUAAUGUCCCAUGACAGCAAUGAAGGCAUUCUCACGCUCGUAGAUGGCAAACCUAAUCUCAACUUCCGAGGUGUGGAAAGAAAGGCACAGUUGGAGCAGUUGCAUCGGAAACUUGAAAGUGCUUCGGAAGUCAUCGGAGGCACAUUCAUCAACUCUCCGCCAGUAUCUGCACACCCUCUCGGUGGCGCUAGAAUGAGUUCAGAUGGGACAGGUCGGAGAGGUGUAGUAAAUCACGUUGGGCAGGUUUUCGUUGGGGACGGAAAGGAAACACAUGAAGGACUUCUCUGCCUAGAUGGGGCAGUUGUCCCGACGUCUUUGGGCGUAAAUCCACUGGCAACAAUCACAGCACUUGCUGAACGUUCCAUCGACCUACUGAUCGAGAAAAAUGGAUGGACAGUCGACAACGCACCAAACGGCAGACUGGACCUCUUCGGAUUGCCGAGCAAGCCAAUGGGCCAGACGAGCGAGAAAGGCCCAAUCAGCAAAAUAGUUACAAACCCAGGAACGGUCCAAUUUCACGAAACAAUGGAAGGCCACGUCCACAUCGGAGACGACAUCCAGGAUUUCUCCACCGCAGAGCAGGUCGCUCGCCAUGCAUCCAGCUCAGCACGUCUUGCCCUACAUGUCAUAUUACAACAAUCGGAAGAUACCAACGCGCAAUACACUACCGGUACAGUCACUGGAACCGUUUCAUGCGGAGCCAUCUCACAACACCCACUCCUGAUCCGUCACGGGCAGAUCGAACUGUUCACGGUAGACCCGACCGUGUCCGACUGCGUCAACCUCACUUACAAGCUCCACCUAGUGAGCGUAGAAGGACAAGAAUUCCAUCUCGAGGGGCAGAAGAACAUUGACACUAGCAUUGCAUUUUCACCCUCACGGACAUGGACUGCGACGACGGCACUGAACACGACUAUUUCUCGACCAGAUGGCAGUAUCGUCGGUCGAGGCAUCCUACGGAUAUCAAUUUGGAACUUUUUAUGUCAACUCACUACCCUUCGCUCCGACAGCUUUGGCUCUCUCUUACAUUUCGUAACAUUCUUCACUUGUAACGUCCUGCGUUAUUUCCUCGCGCCCUUCCGAAAACUCCAAUAUCCCAACGACACUGUAGAACACACCUUCGAGAAACCAAAGCCGCAAGAGGUUCUUCUCCACGCCGAAGACGGCGUCUCGACAACUCUAAAGAUAUGGGAACCAAUUCCAGGCGUCACAAAACACGAACUGCCAAUCAUGCUCAUCCCUGGCGCUUCCGUCGACGACCAGAUAUUCUCCCUCGCCACAAUCCCCACAAACACGAUCGACUACUUCACAGCCCGCGGUUAUCGAUGCUACGUCCCCAUCAUCCGCUUCGGCAUCAGCCCCGCCGCCAAAGACGGAUGGACGGCGUACGACAGUCGCUGGGACGUCAAAGCUGCUUUCGAUUACGUGCGAGAGCAAGAGAACGGUCGGAAGAUAUACGUCGUAUGUCACUGCCUGGGGAGUAUCGCAACCGCCAUGGCACUGCUCACUGGAAUCGUACCCUCAGAUUGGAUCCAAGGCAUGACAAUGAGCCAAGUAUUCUGCAACCUACGCUUCAGCGCCGACAACAAAGCAAAAGCCCGCCUGCCCGUGCUAACAUCCAUCUACCGCACCCUAUCCAACAGCCCCUGGCUCUCCUGCCGCGCAGCCCCCAACACCAGCACCUUCCAAUCCCUCCUCGACGCCCUCCUCCGCCUCUACCCCGUCGGCUCGCGCCGCGAGCUCUGCAGCUCCUCCACCUGCCACCGCUGCAGCCUCGUCUUCGGCCGCUGCUUCUCGCACGGCAAGCUCAACCGCGCGACGCACGCGUACCUCGACAGGUACUUCGACGGCAUCCACAUGAACUUCCUGUCGCACCUGCGGAGUAUGGGGGCCGUGGCGCCGUACCAUGUGCGCACGAACGAGGGGGAGGGGGAGGGGGAUUUCGUUGACUUGGUUGCGCAGGGUGGUAAUUUGAAGAGGCUCGGGGGGUUGAAGAUGUGUUUUCUGAGCGGGGGCGCGAAUGCGGUGUUUGAUCCGCUUAGCACGGCGGAGUCGUACGAUCUUAUGAGGAGUACGUUUGGGAGCGAGGGGUAUGAGAGGGUUGUUGUUGAGGGGUAUGGGCAUUUGGAUACGUGGAUGGGGAGGGAUAGUCAUAGGGAUGUGUAUCCUAGGGUGCUGGAUCAUGUUGAACUGUGUGAAGGCGACAGUGGGAGGACGUAGAUGCAGGUUGAGUGUUGUAACUAACUCCAGGCGUGAGUAUGACUUGUGUUCAAUUUCCAUAGCUCGGAGAUCAAACAUUGAUGCCAGCUGGAAGAGAAGAGCCAAUUCGAGCAAGUCAUGCGUGAGACGAAAAAGAAAGAAAGCUAAGCAUUGAAAGAGCAGUUAGUGAGGUAUAAUGUAUAUUUCUCAUCUCAUGAAUUACCUCGAUCGCCUCGAAACCAUACUGGCGUUGACUGGCGACAUUGUGAAAGCACUGUUUGAG